AUGGAUUUAGAUGGUGUGCAACCUAAUUAUCCUUCUUCCUGUGUUACUCAUUCAGUUUAUCUAGAGGUUGUUGGAUCAUUUAGCCCUGGUGGUACCACUAAGGAAUGGAUUCCAAGUGUUCCCGAGGAGUUAAAACCCAGUUUGGGGAUGAUAUUUAAAGAUCCUGAAGAGGGUCUUAGUUUUUAUAAAGCAUAUGCAAAUGCCGCUGGGUUUACUUCUAGGAAAUCUACUACUAAAAGGAAGAAGAAUAGCAAAGAUAUAAUUGCUUUUCAAUAUGGAGUUUGCAAUAAGGAAGGUUUUAGGGCAAUAAGAAAACCUAUUGCUCAACAAACAGUUUAUGAAGAAGGAAAAGUUCGUAUUACUAGGAAACGUUUAGUCACUCGUGUAGGAUGCAAUGCUCACAUAUGUAUGAGAUAUGAUGCUGGAAAGUAUGUUGUAACUCAUUUCAAAGAAGAACAUAAUCAUCCUUUAUAUACUCCAAGUUGUGCAAAAUUUCAGAAGGAUAAUAGAAAAAUGCAUAUUAUGCAUAAAAAGUUGAUUAUUGAUAAUUCAAAGGUAAAUGUUGGUCCUGUGAGGUCUUAUACUAUGAUGAAAGAAUUAGCUGGAUCACAUGAUAAUGUUGGUGCAUCUAAACAAGAUUUCAAAAAUUUUUAUAGAGAUUUGAAGGCUUUUAUUGAUGGAUCAGAUGCCCAAAUGUUUGUGGAUAAUUUUCAAAAUAAGAAAUUGCUCUGGAGUGCAUUUUUUUUUUCCUAUGAUGUUGAUGAAGAAGAUAGACUUUGUAGAGCUUUAUGGGCUGAUCCAAUCUGUCGAAAAAAUUAUGCACUUUUUGGUGAUAUGGUUUCUUUUGAUACCACAUUCAAAAACAAACAG